AUGACGCAAUCUCUCUUGCUGCCACAACGACCCGUGUUGGCUCAAGAAGAGGAUUACAUGAAAAAAGUAGCUCAAAUUGUGGGUUCAGUGGAUCGGUCGGUGAGUAAGGCCGGAAGUUCGAGUGCAACAUUUUUGGCAGGCUCUCGGAAAGAGUUGUAUUCACAUUUUGAUGAGAGUGAGAAGAAGAUUGCCGAUCGGCAAAUGAGGUCCGCUCAAUUAUGUCGGAGAGCAAAACAAAAAGAAGCUCUGGAGAAUAUGAUUGAAAAGAAAGUGAAACGACCUCAAACGGCAUGCACUUCAAGUUUUAAGGCCAUCGAAAGAGAUAAGGCACCCAUUUAUCGAAAAGAUGAAAAUAUUCAAACCACACCCGGACAAUAUGAUAUAAAUUAUAAUUUAAUUGAUAAAAAGGAACUCGUUCUCAAAUGGGUUCCUCAUCAAGAAAAACCGCAAGUGAUUGAUGAAAAUUACAAGUUUUAUCUUGAAGGAGAUAAAUUGUCGACCAAUGAUGCAAAGGGAACAACCUAUCAGUUCAAAUCAAAAACAACGAGAGCUCAUGGUCAUGACAAGAGAAGAUUUUCGUAUGAGAAUGAAUUUCUCGAAACAGGUCCUCAAAAAGAUUUUGUCAAAUUCCAGGAAGACAGAUCCACCCUUGUCUUUGACAAGAGCCUCGAUCGAAAUAAGGCUUCUGAACUCUAUGUAAACAAAACCAAACCAAACAUGAGAGAUUUAAUGUAUGAUACAAUUAACCCUGAUGUAUAUAGUCCAACCAUUUCGAAAGGUAUUAUUGAUUUUGGUAAAUCUAGUGACCGAAAAACUGCACGAAAAGGCUCUCGAAUGAACACCGAACUUGUAAAGACCGAUAUCGAAAACAAUCCUCAACUCUCCAUGCCAAAUUGGCAUAUUCUUCACCUCUCCAAUCCUGAAGAUACUCUUAAAUUAUCGACAGCACCCGGAAACGAACGUCAAACAUUCGAGAGAGUGGUUAGUUUUGACAAGCACAUUUCACGUGAGGAAACUCCUCCAUACAAGAGAAUGUUAUGGACACCAAGUGCCUACUACAACCAACUCAAUGCUUCUGAAUUUCAAAAGAAACGAGACGCUGAGCAAGAAGUUGAACGAUUCAAGAAGGACAAGAAGAAUGCAGGAGAUUCUAUGGGUCUCAAUAGUGAAAUGAAUGCCUAUUCGAAAACUCAUCCUAACAUUCCUUUUAUGUGUUAUAUGGACAAACAAAUCGAUCGACAUAAGCUAGCUGCAAAACCACCAUUAGGAAAUGAUUUGGAUUAUAUUGUUCAACCAAAUGCUUCUUCCAAGUUCGAACGAGUCAGAAACAUUUCUUGCAUGCCACCAAAGAAGAAAAAGCAAACUCCUGAAAUGCAACAACCUAAAGUUGAUGACAGUUACAAGUUCUACGUCCCACAAGAGGAUUGGAGCUCCAAAUCGACCAAUUCACACAAUUUUGGAACUGACACAAGCCGAGAUAAAUGGAAAGCACCCAUUCAAAUGAGGUACAACCCAAAGGAAAACAUUGAUAAUUUUUAUGACGCAUCCAGAACGCUCGUGGAGGAGCGAAUUAAGGGAGACCCGCUGAUUCGAUGUCAGCUGCCGCGAGACAACAAUAAGACCAAAUUAUUCAAAGCCCAGCACAAUUUCCAACUAGAUCCAAAUGAGGUCUUGGAAAACGUAAAGCCAGGACAAAAUCUCAAGAUUGGUUUUGUUGACAUGGGAAGGAUGAAACGAAGAAAAGACAUGGCAAAAAAUAAUGAUUUCCCAUGUGUUGGAUCGUACAAACCAAAAUAUUCCAUUGUGGAGUCAAAGCCAGUGACCUUUACAUUUCCAAAGAGUGGAGUUUAA